AUUUAUCUAUUCAUUACCCAACUUAUCAUCAUCAUCCAACAACUUUUAUUGUUACCAUUGUGAAGAUACAAAUGAUUACAUAAUUAUCAUCAUCAUAGUCUUAAUUAAUUUUAGAGUGACUAUAAUUAACGUUUAAUCCUCGUGAACUUAAACAUACUCAGUUAAUCGUGAAAGCAACAACAACAAAAAAGGAUAAUCAGAAACUCAUCAUCAUUUUUAUCACCAUCAUAAUCUCAUUAAUUGAUAUAUAAAUAUUGAAUAACAAAUCAACUUAAUUCAUAUUCAAUUCACCACAGAAACAAAAAUGUUUCAAUCAAACGGGUUAAUCGUUACAAUUAGUUUAAUCCUAAUUUUAGUAAACAAUUCAUAUGGAUCACCUUUAUCAUCUUCAUCCUCAUCAAUUGAUUUAACCAAUGUUUUUAAUAAAUGUUUACACACACAUGAAGUAGUCACUUUAUCAUCUCAAGUUAAAUUGUCACCACUUUUAUCAUGUAAUCGUGACUUUUUCAAUGUUGUCCUUAAUGAUACAACCAUCCAUGGACUCAAUGAUUAUAAAUUGUCACCAUUUAAACGAGUAUCCAAAGAUAAAUAUGAAGCAACCAUGGAUAUACCAGCGAUCGCAAUUAAAGCAAAUUAUCAUAUCAACGGCCCAGUUGCCCUCAUGUUCCCGGUUCAUGGUACAGGAACAGUGGAAAUGAAUUAUGUCAACAUUUCGAUCAAUCUUGACGUAAAGAAAUCAAUUGAAAACGACCAUGUGAUUCUCAACGUUGAUAAGAUUGAUUUUCAUAAUCACGGCUACGAAGUGAUUAACGGUAAACAAACGGUUGAUAAUAAAGCCGAUCAUUUGGAUCGAGGUUUCCAAGAAUCAUUUGGACGUGUCAUUUUCUGGCAAGUAUUCAAAUCGUUACGAGAGGAACCAGAAUUCAAUUCAUCGGUUAACUGUUUGGAAGAGUCAAUUCAAUCGGAUGAAUUGCUGAACAAUUUAAGCUACAAUCAUGAUGAAAAUAAGGCGAUCCAAUUGAACGAUGGUCAUGUUGUUGAGAUUAUCCCGAUUCAGAGUGAAUCCCAUCAUCCGUCAAUCUAUUCAGUUAACGAAGGGUAUUCCCGUUCAAAGAGAGACACACCAGCCCAAUUACCUUUCAUUCCGGAAAAUGAAUUCAAAGAGUCGCACUGGUACAAUAACGCUAAAGCUGAUUUGGAAUCAUUGAUCAACUUUAAAAAGAAUGAAAAAGUUGCGAAAAAUGUUAUUCUCUUUAUCGGAGAUGGAAUGGGAAUUUCGACUCUAACUGCAGCUCGAAUUUUGAAAGAACAACUAAAUGGUGGACCAGGAAACGGAAACAAAUUGUUCUUCGAGGAAUUUCCUGAAUCAGCAUUGAUUAAGACUUUCAAUCUUGAUAGACAAACACCCGAUUCAGCAGGAACUGCGACCGCGUUUACUUGUGGAAUCAAAGCUAAUUAUGGAACCCUUGGUGUUUCCGGAAGGAUAUUUAGAACUGAGAAAGAUUGUAAAGUAAUUGCCGAAAAUGGUGUUCCAUCAAUUUUCACUUGGGCUCAAGCGGCGGGUAAAGCGACCGGAAUUGUAACAACAACUCGAAUCACUCAUGCUACACCGGCGGCGGGUUAUUCUCAUGUCGCUAAUAGAGAUUGGGAAAGUGACACUGAUACACAAAAAUUUGGAGCAAAUUGUAAAGAUAUUGCAAGACAAUUGGUUGAAGAUUCUCCUGGUAAUAAGUUGAAUGUUAUCAUGGGAGGUGGAUGGAGGUCAUUUGCUGGUCCAAAUGUUACCGAUCCAACUGCUUCCGCCUCAUCACCGGGAAUCCGUUCGGAUGGGGUAAAUCUUAUUGACCGUUGGAUUGCUGAUCGAAAAGCUUUAUCGGCUAACUGGUCUUUCGUUACCAAUAGUAAAGAUCUUAGAUCGGUAGACACUUCUAAAACUGAUUAUCUAUUUGGACUGUUUAAUCGUGACCAUUUACCUUAUGAAUUGGAGAGGAAUAAAUCGCCUGAGGGUUCACCAAGUUUAGCUGAAUUGGUUGAAUCAGCUGUUAAAGUUUUAUCAAGAAACGAUGAAGGUUUUGUAUUGCUCGUUGAGGGAGGACUUAUUGAUAUCGCUCAUCAUGAUAAUUAUGCUCGACUUUCACUUCACGAGGUGAUUGGUUUAGACGCGGCCAUUGAACGGGCAACCCAAAUCUUACCAAUGGAUGAAACUCUCAUGAUUGUUACAGCUGAUCAUUCACAUGGAUUCACAAUUAACGGUUAUCCUCUUCGAGGUAAUGAUAUUUUCGGUGUUUCCGAUCACAAAGAGGAAACUUCCGACAAAACCUUUGCCACCCUUCAGUACGCAACCGGUCCAGGUCAUGUUGAACCGAGAGUCGAUGAGGUUCAAGUGCUCGAACGGGAAAAUGGACGACAUCGAUUCUAUUCCAGUAUAAACAUGUCAUCCGCCGUUCAUGGUGGUGAAGAUGUCGCUCUUUACAGUACCGGGCCCAUGUCACAUCUAUUCAAGGGGCUUCAUGAUCAAUCUUAUAUCGCUCAUGUAAUCGCCUAUUCAUCAUGUAUUGGUGAUUAUGCUUCAACUGAACGAUGUAAAAAACCAAAAUUAACUUCAUCUUCAGGUAAACUCAAUCCAUCAACAUUCAUGUAUUUUGUAUUAACUGUCAUCUUAAUUGUCCUAAACAAUCAACGUCUUAAUUUGUAAAAAUCAAACAAUGAAAAUAUUUGACGAUAAUCGUUCAACUUUAUUGCAUUUUUAAUUGUCGAUCAUUGAUCAGGAUCGAUUUGCCAUUUAUUCAAUCAUUUUAUUAGCGACAAAUUAAAUUAUAAGGAUAAUCUUUCAA